CUGCUCCUGCCACUGCAGCCAGCGCUUGUAGCCUGUAGCUGGCUAACAGCUCUGCCUUCGUGUUUUGACUGCGUGCCCGAGGAAAAAACGAGCCAUGAAACGGUCUAGGCUACAGACAAGAUGAAGACGGCACGUCCAGGGAAAUGAUUUUCAUAAACGUUGCCUCUGAAGAGGAGGAAAAACACGCUUAAAGAUUCCCGGAAGUGUCACUGAAGAUUCCAGCUGCCACGGACACCAUGAGCGCCAAAUAUGGCCUGGUGGGUUACAACAGUUCACGGAAGCACAUCUCAAUCUCCAUUCCAUCGUCUACGGAGGUGAUGUCGCCUCACAUAAAGUCUGUGGAGGAGCUGAGGGUUCUGGGAAUCAACCUCAGCAGCUUCAGUACCCCAACGCAGUUCUUCAUCUGUGUGGCUGGGGUCUUCGUCUUUUAUCUUAUCUAUGGAUAUUUGCAGGAGUUAAUAUUUUCUGUGGAAGGAUUCAAGCCUUUCGGCUGGUACCUCACUCUGGUGCAAUUUGGCUUUUAUUCCAUGUUUGGACUCGUCGAGCUUCAGUUCACGCAAGACAAGCGCAGAAGGAUACCAGGGAAGACCUAUAUGAUGAUUGCAUUCCUAACAGUAGGAACUAUGGGACUAUCCAAUACCUCUCUAGGCUACUUGAACUAUCCUACCCAGGUCAUCUUCAAGUGCUGUAAACUCAUCCCAGUCAUGAUCGGGGGAGUUUUUAUACAAGGUAAACGUUAUAACUUGACUGAUGUGUCUGCUGCUCUCUGCAUGAGUCUGGGACUCAUCUGGUUUACCCUAGCUGACAGCAAAGUAGCUCCGAACUUCAACGUGACAGGUGUUCUGCUCAUCUCACUGGCUCUGUGUGCAGACGCUGUGAUUGGAAAUGUGCAGGAGAAAGCCAUGAAGCUCCACAACGGCUCCAACUCUGAAAUGGUGCUGUACUCAUACUCGAUCGGCUUCAUCUACAUACUGGGAGGCUUGCUCUGUGUGGGUGGGCUGGGACCAGCUGUGGCUUUCUGCUCAGAGCAUCCUGUUAAGACCUACGGCUAUGCCUUCUUCUUCUCACUUACGGGUUAUUUCGGGAUCUCCUUUGUGCUAGCCUUAAUCAAGCUGUUUGGAGCCCUGGUUGCAGUAACAGUGACCACUGGAAGAAAGGCCAUGACUAUCGUACUUUCCUUCAUGUUCUUCACCAAACCGUUCACUUUUCAGUACAUCUGGGGCGGCCUCCUGGUGGUCUUUGGCAUCUUCUUGAAUGUUUACAGUAAAAACAAAGAGAAAAUGAAACUCCCCUCCGUCAAGGACGUCAGGAGCUGGCUGCUGACAAGAAAGAAAGUCCGAUUUCUCUCUCAAAACGUUUAGGAGGGCCUCCCUAGCAGUUCGGUUGAAAUCGUGCACAGGCAGGCUGCUUCUGACCGCACCACAUCUUGCUUCGGCCCACGUUCUUUUUCCAGGGGAUGAGCUGAAGCAUGUGCCUGAGCAACGGUGCUACACCACCAUCAAUACUGAACCAAGGAUGGGUAUACAGGGUUUGACCUCCAAUCAGCCUUACAAGCAGCUGACAUGAUUAAACUGCGGUUCAGGGAGUUGCUGGAUGCCGUUAAUAUCUAAUACCAGAACAGUGCUGGUUAGCUGGAAGCACUGUAUGGCAGCGAACUGAAGGACGUGUGAAAAUGUGUUGUUUUUUUUUUUUUUUUUUUUUUUUUUUUUAAAGGGAUCAGUGCCUGGUGGGGUCUUGUAAAGCAAGCUUUAGAGCUCCACAGAAACAUUCCCUACAUUGAGUGAAACAGCGAGGACUUAUUAGACUCUCUAAAGGGAAGCCAGCUCUUUAGUUAACCAAAUUGCACAGUUUUGCACUGGAAUCAACUCAAACCCUUGAGUGGUUGGAAGAGAAACGAACUCUCGGAAGGAAUAAACAAUAAAUAGACGCGUUGACGCGCGUCAUGUCUAAAACGAUUGUCGCCCACCAUGUACGACACAAAAAAAAAAAAAAGAAAACCCCUGAAACGUUUUGAUAAAAAUCCUAUUUGCCCUCGCACGUGCCAGGAGAAACGGACAGAAAUUGUGUUUUUGCAUAAUGUCUUUCUAAAAGUGGUUUUCAUACUUUCUGGGUAAAAUUCGAAAGCAAGUGUGUGGUCAUGUGAUAAGCAUUUGAAGUUCCACAUCAUUAUUUGUACCGCUAUAUAGAAACACUGUCAACUGCCAUAAUUGGUUAAUCAAACUUGUGGAUGAAAGGGUACAUCUCUUUUUACAAUAAACUAUGUAUUUAGUAAUUACCGUGA